AUGUCAAACCAAGACAGUGAAGAAGGAAUAGAUUUGGAUAGCAUGUCAUACACGAUCCAUGAUAUCCAAGACGACUCAAGAACAGACGAGCUAUCUUCACCUCAGCUUACAGCUUGCUCGUCGACAUCUAACAGUCCACCAACUUCCCUGAGGAGUAGCAAGAGUAUAAACGUACAGCGUAAGUCAAUAUCAAGUGCGCACGGUCAGCCAACAGUCAAGACACCACCUUCUACCUGGUUCAAACCAAAAAUGAAACGGAUAAAGAUAAACGAUGAUAAUAGUGAUAAGAGGAAGCCAGAUUCUAAAUUGGUUUCUUUCGUUAAAGGUGCUUUUACUGCCUUCGGAAACGCAGAAAAAGCAGAUUAUUCUAGCUUCUUUAGCCCAGAAUUGAAGGCUACAAUCAAUGCCUUACCUUAUACCGUCGAUGGUUUGAAGGAUGUAUACAAUUUUAUCACUGGUUCCUGGUCAUCGGUACAAGUUGAAUUUAAAUACGUAAUAGAGCACCCCCGUUUGAUGGGCAAAUGGGGAGAGGGGGAAGUUGGAGCUGUUGCGGAGCUCGUUGGGAAUGAUUAUUUUGGUAAUAAACAAUUAGUAAAGUGCUUGUUCACAAUGGUUGUCAUUGUAAAUGAUGAGCAUAAGCAGCAAAUAAAGGAUUGGAGUGAGGUUAUGUCAGUAGAAUCUUAA